AUGGAUGCAUCCCCAGCGCCUGCGAACGAGUCGGGGCCGCCCGGUCCCUCCGCCCCGGCCCCCUGGGACCCCUUCCGCCACCCCCUGGCCUCCGUCCCGCCCUGGCACUUCAGGCUGCUGGCGGCGGUGAUGCUGGUGGUGACGUCCCUGUCGCUGGCCGAGAACCUGGCCGUCAUCCUGGUCACCUCCAAGUUCAAGACGCUGAGACAACCCCUCAACUACGUGAUAGUCAACUUGUCCGUGGCCGACCUCCUGGUCUCCCUGACCGGCGGCACCAUCAGCUUCUUGGCCAACCUAAGAGGCUACUUCUAUAUGGGGCGCUGGGCUUGCGUGCUGGAAGGGUUUGCUGUCACCUUCUUCGGCAUCGUCGCCCUGUGGUCCCUCGCCCUCCUGGCCUUCGAGCGGUACGUCGUCAUCUGCCGCCCGCGGGGCAACGCGCGCCUCGGGGGGAAGCACGCGGCCCUCGGCAUCGCCUUCGUGUGGAGCUUCUCCUUGGCCUGGACCGUGCCGCCGACCGUGGGCUGGAGCAGCUACACCACCAGCAAGAUCGGGACCACUUGCGAGCCCAACUGGUACUCUCGAGCUUAUACUGAUCAUACCUACAUUAUUACAUUCUUCACCACCUGUUUUAUAGUGCCGUUACUGGUGAUUUUGGUAUCCUAUGGAAAAUUGAUGCAGAAGCUAAGAAAGGGGCCGGACGCGCGCGGCGGGCUGGGAGCCGCCCGGAAGCCCGAGAGGCAGGUGACGAGGAUGGUGGUGGUGAUGGUCGUCGCGUUCCUCGUCUGCUGGGCGCCGUACGCCGCCUUCUCCGUCCUGGUCGCCGCGUGCCCCUCCGUCGAGCUGGACCCUCGGCUGGCGGCCGUUCCGGCCUUCUUCUCCAAAACAGCCACGGUUUAUAAUCCGAUUAUUUACGUCUUUAUGAACAAGCAGUUCAGGAAGUGUCUGAUCCAGAUGUUCGGCUGCAGCAGCCCAGCGGCGGCAGAGCCCGGCGCGAUCCCCCCUUCGGAGCGGGCAGCGCUGGCCCGGGACAAGCGGGGCAGCGGGACGUCCGCCGCGGCAGCGGGCACCGCCGCUUCCAGCAGGAAAGCUGGAGACGAAUACAGGAAUACAGCUUCAGAAAGCAAGAUCUGUCCCGUGUAG